UCACGCGAAAAUGGCGGCUGUCGCUUCCGAAACUGAACAAAUGGUUGAUGAGACUAACGCAGAAAUUUCAGCGCCAGAGAAACCUACAGAUGAGAAACUUAUAGAAGAAGAACAAAAAGAUGGAGACGUUCAAAAUGAACCAGAUGACGAUGCUAAAGAAGAGGAAAUGAAAAAAGAACCAGAAAAGGGUUUAAAUGGAGAAGAAAAAGCAGCUGACAGUUCAGAAGGUUUAGCUGACAAGGUAGCAAAACACUACAAUGAACUUCCAUCAGCAGGAAAAGAAAUUCGUAAAGAAAGUCCUAUAUAUUACCUAAGGAACUUUAACAACUGGGUGAAGAGUAUAAUCAUCAAUGAAUGCUUGGAAAAAAUCAAGAGAGUCAAUUCAAAGGAGGUGGCUGUGCUGGACCUUUGUUGUGGAAAAGGUGGAGAUCUUCUUAAAUGGCAGAGGGGAAGAAUAAAGACACUUGUAUGUGCAGAUAUUGCUCAAGUCUCUGUGGAACAGUGUGAGGAGCGAUACAAAGAACUAAAAAAGACGCAUGAGACUCGACGUUAUAGGGAUCCUCUCUUUACGCCUGAAUUUAUCACAGCUGAUUGUAGUAAGGAACGACUUCAAGAUCUUUACCAAGACAAGAAUAUCGAGUUUGACUUGACAAGCUGCCAAUUUUCAUUUCAUUAUUCAUUUGAGACUUAUGAGCAAGCAGACAUGAUGCUAAAGAAUGCUUGUGAGAAACUUAAAGUCGGAGGUUUUUUCAUAGGGACAACACCCAAUGGAUAUGAGUUGGUUCGUCGAUUAGAGAAAUCAGAAGGUCUUUCCUUUGGAAAUGAUGUUUAUAGAGUUACUUUUGAGAAGAAAGGUGACUAUCCUCUAUAUGGCUGCAAGUAUGAUUUCCAUCUUGAAGGAGUGGUUGAUUGCCCUGAGUUCUUGGUAUACUUCCCUCUGCUUGAAAAAAUGGCAGAAAAGUAUAAUAUGAAGCUAAUGUACACAAAGACAUUCCAUGAUUUUUUCCGGGAGAAAACCAAGGAAUCUACCUCUCUCCUUUACAAAAUGAAAGCGCUUGAGACAUACCCACCACGCUUAGAAAAUGAGAGCUUGGUUUCAAGUGCUGAGGAUGCUUACACACAUGCGAAAGACUUUUUAGAAGGAAUUCAGCUGAAUCAAGAUAAAUCUUCCUCAACCAGCAAGUACAGAGACCACAGGGAAAAGAACUUAAAACAUGUGGGAACCAUGUCAAAGUUUGAAUGGGAAGCUGUUGGAAUGUACUUGGCAUUUGUGUUUGUGAAAAUUGAUCCAGAAGCAGAGCAAAAGAAGGCAGAAGAAGCAGAGAGAAGGGCAAAGGAAAGAGCAGAGCGUGAAAAGGAGAGAGAAGAGAGAGCCAAAGCUGAACAGGAAAGAGCUGAAAAAGCUAAAGCUGAGGAAGAUAAGGAAGAACAGGCUGAAGAAAAACCAGAAGAAAAAGCAGAGGAAAUGGAAGCAGAGCCCAAAGUUGAAUCAAGGAAGAGGAAACAUGAGGAAGAGCCAGCAGAAGGUGAUGGUGAUGAUGGUGAACCUGUAGCAAAGAAACAAGAAACUGUUGAGGAAACAUCUGGUUAAAUAUGUUGACUCUAAAAUUAUGCAGUGAUUUAAAAAGACUCUCAUUUUGAAGAACUGUAACUAUGGGUGAGGCAAGGAAUGGAACAUUUUCCUUUCCCCCAGAACUAGGACUUUUUUUCCAAUUGUAAAAAAAAAAGAGAUACAUUCCUUGGCAUAGAAAAUUAGAUUGCAUUUUUAGCUUGAUAGGUUCAUCCAAAAUAGCUUUGUCUCUUUCUGUGUGCAAAGUAAUACUUAGGUAACAUUUCCACUCCCAAAAUCUGAAAGUUAAUUUUCCUAACUGAGCGGUAUAGUAUGCGGACUGGUUGUGAUCUGAUUUUCUUCUUGAAUUAAUAUCUUUUUCUGUACAAACACAACAUGGACUAGAGGUGCAAGGUGAAAAAAGUAGAUCACAUCCUUAUUCUCUUCUGAAACCCUUAUCUGGUGUGGUUAUUAUCCACAGACCACAAUGUAUCAUUGAUAUUUGAGAAUGAAACAGACUAUGUGCAGUCCAAUUUGUAUGCACCUUUUAAAAGUUUAUUUUAGAACUUUAAAAGUUAUAUGAUACACAGUUGAUUACACUCUUGUUACCCAACUGUGCCUUUAUUUAAUGUGUAUGCUUGUGAAUAGCUCUCUUGUUCGUUACCUCAUGUUAUCAUUGAGAAAUGUUGCGUAACAGGCUACAAAAAAUAAGGUUAUUAGAGCAAUUUACAAUCAAUUGUCAACAGUAAUGCAUGAUUAAUGCACAAUUUGAAAGUUUCAGUCAGAAGUGGUUGGAAGUGGGAGUCAGCCAUCCAUGUUUAAAUAUCAGGGAAUUUCCUUGUUCUUCUUCUUUGGAAGUCUUGAUAGGCAGUUGAUGGAAGUGAGACUCUAUGUUUUAAACUUCAGAUGAGUAUGAAGAAGAAACUGGUAUUCUUUUACUGAGAAGAUACAUUUACACCAAAAAUGCUUUGCAAUCAAAUUGGUUUUGGGUAGCGCUUGGAAAGUUGCAAUAUAUUUAUUAGUUAGUGGUGGAGUGACAUAUGUUCUUCAGAAUUAGGGGGAGGGAUGAAGGGAAGAAAAUUGUAUAUCUUUUUCUUUUUUUUUUUAAGAGGAAUUUGAGGGCAUCCCCUUGGUCUGUUCUUUAGCUCAAUCGAAAGGACCCUUCCAAACCUUACAUUUGCUACAUUUUUACUUUGUGCAUGUAACAUUAUAAACUAGUCAUAGAUUUUCUUGUGAUGUAUUAUUGUUAAUACUUAAACUUUGAUUGAUUAAAAAGAAAGCUAUUUUA